AUGACAACCGAGCGUCACCUCAUUUUCGGAGCGAAAGGCUGGAUUGCCGGUCUGCUCGCCGAACUUCUCAAGAAGCAAGGAAAGGAGGUCAAAGGAACCACCGUCCGCCUGGAGGACAGGGAGGCCGUGCUCAAGGAACUGGACGAGUACAAGCCUACGCGAGUAUACAACUGCGCUGGAGUUACCGGUCGCCCCAACGUCGACUGGUGCGAGGACAACAAAGAGGCCACCAUUCGCAGCAAUGUCAUCGGAACUCUCAACUUGGCCGAUGCCACGUUCUUGCGCGGGAUCCACAUGACCAACUUCGCCACUGGUUGCAUUUACGCUUACGAUGAGAAGCAUCAGUUCCACGGUGUUGGCUUCACUGAGGAGGAUGAGCCAAACUUCACUGGGUCUUACUACAGUUAUACCAAGGGUCUUGUGGAGAAGAUCAUCAAGCAAUACAACAAUGUCCUCACGCUGCGCCUGCGUAUGCCCGUGUCCGAUGACCUCAACCCCAGGAACUUUGUCACGAAGAUAACCAAAUACGAACGCGUUGUCGACAUCCCCAACUCCAACACCAUCCUCUACGACCUCCUCCCCGCCGCCCUCGCAAUGGCCGAGAACAAGCUGACCGGCGUCUACAACUUCACAAACCCCGGCGCCAUCUCCCACAACGAAGUCCUCGCCGCUUACAAAAAGCACGUCGACCCCAACUUCACUUGGAAGAACUUUUCCCUGGAGGAGCAAGCCAAGGUCAUCAAGGCUGGGCGGAGCAACUGUGAGCUGGACACGACGAAGUUGACUACGGCUUUGGGCAAGCUUGGGAUUAAGGUCCCUGAGGUGCAUGAGGCGUAUGAUCAGUGCUUCCAGCGCAUGGCGAAGCACUUGAAAAAUGGUACUCAGCACUCGUGGUAG